AUGCGCGGGGGUGCCUCGAGUCGCUGCACUGGUGCAGAGGUGGUCGCUGUCGCCGGCGAUCCGUCGAUGCAGAGGUGGUCGCCGCCGCUGGUGAGGCUGCCUGGAGCCAGCUUCCAGCGCGACUCCUGCUGGUGCAGUUCAAAUGCAUCUUCCAGCAUGGGAGUUGCUCUUAAAAUUAGAGAGACGUUUGUCGAGCUCCAAAUGAAGAAGGCAUUCCGAUAUGUUAUCUUCAAAAUCGAAGAAAAGCAAAAGCAGGUAGUUGUGGAGAAGACGGGGGCGACUACUAAAAACUAUGAUGAUUUUCUGGCCUCUCUCCUGGAGAAUGACUGCCGAUAUGCGUUGUAUGAUUUUGAUUUUGUUACUAGGGAGAAUGUGCAGAAAAGUAAGAUUUUCUUCAUUGCCUGGUCCCCGUCGACAUCCCGCAUCCGUGCUAAGAUGCUCUACUCGACCUCGAAGGACCGCAUCAAGUAUGAGCUCGACGGGUUCCACUACGAGAUCCAGGCGACCGACCCAUCCGAGGUGGACAUUGAGGUUCUGCGGGAGCGGGCUCACUGAAGCUGGUUCGCCUUUGAAAAAGAAGGGACCUGUGGAGGGCCAUGAACCUUUUGGUUAGAUGCAAAUCCUAUUACCAAUGAUGAAAGCUCCCACCUUGGUAUUUGUUAUUAAGUUUCUGUAAGCAUGUCGUUUAGGCGCGACACGUGACUCUACCUGGUGAAGCGUUAUCAAAGCUG